GCGGGUUGUAAGGAGUGGCGGGAUGUCACGUGUCCUCUCAUCCCAGCCAUUGUCCAGAGUCACGUGGUGUCACCGGCACAGAAGAUGCUGCUGCUAACGGGGGUCCCAGGGCACAGGAUCUCGUCUCCAGCCGUAGUCUUCCCCUUCUGGUGUCUCUGACAGUGGAGAAUGGUGGUGGACGCCGCUCGCCAGGCCUAUAACACAAUGUCGUCUGCAUCUUCUGAUAAGAGUGAGGCCCGCUCCAAGAAGAAGUCCUCUCAGAUGAACGGCUUCCAUGUGGCCCCGCAGCCUGGUCCCAGCAGGAGCCUGAGUAGGAGCCUCUCGUCAGGUGUGGUGGCCCAGCGGAGGCUCUCAGGGUGCGCGCUCUACGGGGGGACAUGUAGUUGGCUGCGUCGCAGUGAGAGCUCCUGCACCCUCAACAGUAGCAGCAGCAGCAGCAGCUCCCGGGGCAGAAUGCGUCCUGCCGGGUCUCUGCCGUCCAUCAGUAAGGCCAUAAAGAGGACCUCCUGCCUCCUUGUCGCUCUUCGGCCCACCAAUGUGGAGCAGGAGCGGGAUAAUUUCUUCCUCUCCAACUAUAGCUACAACCCACAAUUCCAGUAUCAGGAACCCAUGUCCCUCAGUGUGCUGGAGAAAUACAGCCAAGCAUCUAACCAGUUCCUGGUCCAGGCGCUGAGAAUACUGAACGCGGUCCUGGAUAAAUAUGGUAGUUAUGAAAGCUUUGAGUCACAGACUGGAGGAAAUCUGCUCAGCAAGUGUCAGAUCUGGUCAUGUUGUCGGCGGUACAUGCAGAAAGAGAACUGCAGCGGCGAGGUGGUGGUCCAGCUGACCGAAGACUUGCUGUCUCAGGCAGUCAUGACAAAUGAGAACAGCCGUCCGACACUAACCAUCAACUUACUAGGUGCGCGGCAGCACUGGCUGGAGGGGAUGCUCCGACACGAGAUAGGGACGCAUUACUUGCGAGGAGCGAAUGACGCUCAGCAGCCCUGGCAUGGUUCAGAAAGUCGCAAACAAUUUGGAUUGAAGCCGGCCAACCCCACAGAGGAAGGCCUGGCUAGCCUGCACAGCAUGCUUUUCAGGAAACACCCCUACUUGUGGCGCGCUGCCCUCCUCUACUACGCCAUCAGUCGUGCCGCCACCUGCAGCUUCUCCAACCUGUUUAAUGACCUGCAGCAGUUUGUAGAAGACCCUGCUGUGCGGUGGGAGUACUGUGUGCGGGCCAAGAGGGGCCAGAAGGACACCGGAAAACCAGGCUGCUUCAGCAAAGAUCAGGUCUAUCUGGACGGCAUCAUCCGCAUCCUGCGACACCGCCACUCCAUCGACUUCCGCCUGCUGACUUCCCUGGGAAAGGUCGCUUUCGAGGACGUGGAGCGGCUUCGUCCAUUUGCUCAGAUGAAGGACGCUCGUCUUCCUCACUUCAUGCAGGACAUGGAGAAGUAUCAUCACCAUCUGAAUCACAUCAUGGUGAUGAACCAGCUGAGCGACGAGGAGCUCCGGAGCCUUCUCCCAGACUGACGCGCUCUUUCUAUAUUUAUUCAUGGGGGACUGGACUUUUCUAUUGGGUCACACGAGCCUCACCUUUUUUUAUUCUUACGCUUUUGAUUAGUCUUAAUAACGCUCUGAAGGUCCCAGGGAUCGUGGAAGGUGUGAUCUCCAUAGUUGUGUGUUGUGGCCCCGGGCUCUGUUUAUUAAAUGAUAAACGGACUGAUCCUCGUCACCAUCACUGUUCAGUGCUAUGUACUAUCAGAUCCUGGAGGAUCGGCGUAUGGCCACACGGUUAGGAUUCCAAAAUCAGGAGACAAGGUAUUAAAGGCAGAUACAACUUUUUUUUAAUUCACUUCUGGUUUGGGAUUCAAAAAAACCUGACCUUGUGGCCAUACCCUUAGAGACACGUUGGCAGCUGGCUGUUCUGUGACGCUGACCGCUCUAGACCACUGGUUGUCAACCUUUUCACGCCAAGUACCCCCCUAGUGACAAGAAGUUCUAACAGAGAACCCCCAAGAAAGUGAACAAUGAUAGAUUUUAGAGUAAGUUCACACUUGCAUUACAACAGCUCUGCCAGACUAAAACGGGAUCCACGUUUUCCAGCGUGAGGUUUCGCACGGACACAAACAGUUGUGUGAAGCACUAUUCAUCCUUUCAAAAUGUCAGGCACCACAUUAGGAUCUAUU